UGCCUCAAUUCGGCAGAAGCUGCCGAGCAAACAGCACGCCAAAUCUAUUCAAAGUGCACGUAAUUUCUAAUUGAGUGUCAAGUUUAAAGAUGAUCAAAAUGAAAAUAUUUUUAUUUGUAUCUUUGCUGCAGUCAAUUUUUUUGAUUGGCUCCCUGGAAGCUGGUUGUCCUGUAUACCUCACCAUUUCACUGACUGGCAAGACCCUGCAGGACACAUUUCUCGAGAUUAAUUGGGGUCCCAACUGCUAUGGGCCGCCCCAGUGGGUGGGCAUCUACAGCCAGGAUCCAACCAUUUCUAACUUCGAACCUGAUCUACGUAUUAAUGGCAUUGCCAAUAGAACGGGCAAGAUGAUAACGUCCAUAAAGUUGGGAAAACUUAAUUUUCCUGGUGGCUGGAAUAAGCAGGAUGGUAAUGAACAGCCUCCUUCGCAAUAUCCCAAAGGCAAGUGCUUGCCACAUUAUGUAGCCAGUUACAAUGGCACUGAGCUGCUUACUAUGGAUUGCCUUAAAAUCCAACCCAACUGGAUGGCCAAGAUUAAGGACGUCAAUCAGAUGCCACUGAAGAAUAUCUUGCUGCCUGGGACACAUGCCUCGGGUGCCUUUAUGGGAAGCUCCAGUAAAUCAAAUUCCAUAUUGGUCAGGGAUUAUUUGGUGGCCCAGCAAUUCGAUGUUUGGACUCAGUUGGUCUUUGGCAUUCGUUAUUUGGAUUUUAGCAUAGGCUACAAGAACAUGAACACUGCGAAUGAGGCGGAUAAUUUCUGGAUAGCUAACGAGAACAUGCUCAUAACCCCACUAGUUGGAAUUCUUCGUGAUGUUCGUCACUUUAUCAAGCGAUCUGGGGAGAUGAUUGUGCUAGACUUUAGUAGCUUUCCCAUUGGAUUCUACAAGCAUCCGGAAAUCUACAGUUCACUCUUCCGUAUUCUUCGACAGGAACUUGGCGAUGAGGCUUAUCGACGUAAUGUUAGCAACGAGGAGCACUGUGCUAAUCGUAAUUUUCGAGAUCUACUGCAGCAGGACAAACACCUGAUGAUACUGUUUCCCUCCCAGGAAUUGCCAUAUCCAGAGAAUGAAUCAAAUCUGAUCUGCCAACCAUGGCGUCGCUUCAGCACUAGUUUCAUGAACAUUUCCCAGACCUUGGACUACAUGCGUCUGCUGUUUAGCAAGAAGCCGGAUUCGCCGGUUCGGGAUGAUGGCUGGAUAUUCACAGCUGUAAGGAGCAUGGAGCAGACAUUGAACACACAUCAAUUGCAAACUGCCAAGGAGAGAGCAGCGGUCCUUAAUCCCAAAGUUAAUCAGUGGCUAAAUGGACCCUGGGGCAAUAAUGCCAAUGUCGUCGCCAUGGACUAUUUCAGCAAUACCAAUAUUGUGGAUCUGGCUAUACACGUAAAUGCCCAAAAGGCAUUUAUCAUGGCCAACAAGGAUUUUGUAAACUUGAAUAUAUUGAAUUUAUAUUGAAAAAUAAUAAUAAUAAAAAAUUAAUAAUUCAAAUAUUUUAUUUGAA